AUGUCGGUCGUGACUGAACUCCGUCGGGGAUCCAUCACCGUCAAGGCUGUCGAGGAGCCUACGGACUCGGUGCCCAAUCUCAAGACCAUCAAGGACAGCAUCCCGAAAGAAUGCUUUGAAUCCUCCGUUGUCACCUCUCUGCUCUACCUGGCCCGCGACAUCUUCUACUGCGCCGUCCUCACCUACGCCGCCUUCCAUAUCCACCUGCUGCCGUCUCUGCCGCUGCGCGCGCUCGCCUGGGCCGUCUAUGGCUUCUUCCAAGGCUGCGUGGGCACCGGGCUCUGGAUCCUGGCCCACGAGUGCGGCCACGGCGCUUUCUCGGACUAUCAGAACUUCAACGACUUCGUCGGGUGGGCCGCCCAUUCGUUCCUGAUGGUGCCAUAUUUUUCGUGGAAGAUUACCCACGCCCGUCACCACCGGUACACCGGGCAUAUGGAGAAGGAUACGGUGUUCGUGCCGUGGACCGACAAGGAGCUGGCGAGCAAGAAGAAUGUGCGCAUCGAGCAGCUGAAGCAUCUCACCGAGGAGACCCCCAUCGUGUCGUUCCUGCAGUUGGUCGGACACCAGCUGUUCGGCUGGCAGCUGUAUCUGCUGAUGAACGUCACCGCUGGCCCUAAGAGCUGGCCUGGUCGUUCGGGCAGCCACUUCAACCCCCUGGGUGGUCUGUUCACGCGCGGCCAGUAUCUCCAAAUCGCCCUCUCGGAUCUCGGUCUCAUCAUCAUGGGCUCCAUCUUGUACUAUGCCAGCACCCAGAUCGGCGGCUGGAAUGUGGCCCUGCUGUACGGAGUGCCGUAUUUCUGGGUGCACCAUUGGUUGAUUGCCAUCACCUACCUGCAACACACCGACUCCGCUCUGCCGCACUACAGCCCCGAAUCCUGGACGUAUACCAAGGGCGCGUUGGCGACGGUCGACCGCACGAUGGGCUUCAUCGGGCGUCACUUUUUCCAUGAGAUUAUCGACUACCACGUCGUGCACCACCUGUUCAGCCGCAUUCCCUUCUACAAGGCCGAGGAGGCCACCAAGGCGAUGCAGUCGGUUCUCGGCGAGAACUACCACGAGUCCAAGGACGAGGGAUUCCUCGUUUCGCUGGUCAAGACGUUCCGCAAGUGCAUCUACGUGUCGGAGAACGCGCCUGGCAGGAAGGCGGAACCGGGAGUGUUCCAUUUUGUGGUGGCCGAGAGCAAAUAG